AUGCCUCGCUGGAUCUUUGGCUACUCUCUGAAUCCGAAAUUGCUCAAUGGCGCGAGCUGGCCCAGCAUACCGCAGACAACUGUACCACGCGGGCGUGAUUCCAAAAUCAAGGACCUGGGAUUUCUCAGCAUCGAUGUUGACCACUUCAUGGUGGAAAAUGGUGCAAUACAACGAGUUGAGAUUGGCUUGUCCUUCCUAAAAGCACAAGCUCUACAACACCUACACGGAAAAUCAGCGCAAGGCGGCGACUUGACAUCUGGCGUCAUCGAAUCUCAUCAUCUAGUGUUUGGUCACAAGAAAGCAUUCUCAUGGAAAAACUACCACUUUUUCUUCGGGAAAGCGAAGCCGAUUAAGCUAUCGCACGUACGACCCGCGAUUGAACGGCUCACUAGGAAGCCUUAUGUUCUGGUUGUCCAUGGGGCAAAGCAGGAGCUUUCACUGCUCUCAAUGCUGAACAUAAAGCUUGAACCUGUCUUCAUUAUAGACACUGUAAAAGCAGCUCAGUUUCCGCUACAGUUGUGGUACAGAUACAGUCUAAAGCAGCUACUGGAGGAGUUCAAGAUACCCUACGAGAAUCUUCACGUAGCGGGAAAUGAUGCACACCUCACGCUCCGAGUGCUUCUUAUGAUCGCCGUCAGAGACGCCGAGGUUCAACUGGAAGGGAAAUGUCUGCGUGAUUGGAUUCCGAUCUUCAAAGCUUUUGCUCAGUCUCCUUUACCCCCGCAACCCCCAACCAAAAGAGAGCUGGCGGCCAUGGCUGAAGCUGAAGCUGAGCAGCAGAAGGUGAUCAAAGAAGGGGAAUUAUAG